GCCUUAUGUGCCAGGGGGCGGGGUCUGGCAUUGGGCAGGGCCUAGUGGAUGCUGGGAGGGGUUUAGUGGGUCCGAGGCUGAGCUCCAUCAAUUUGGGCGGAGCCUGAGGGGCUGGUGUGUGGGUUAAACGCGUCUGGGGCGGGAUUUGAGGGAACCAGCUUGAUGGACCUGCGCAGGCCUUGAGGGAAAGGGUAGGUCUUAAUGUGUCGGGGCGGAGCCUGAGUGGAUGGGGUGGGGCUGACUUAUGAAUGGCAGGGCUGGAGGAUGGUGGGCUGGGAGAACCCCGAGGGGAUGCUGUGGACCCUGGGACUGCUCUAGCUGGAGAGACUUCCUCUUCAAAUUCCUGGUGAUUGGCAGUGCAGGAACUGGCAAAUCAUGUCUCCUUCAUCAGUUCAUUGAGAAUAAGUUCAAACAGGACUCCAACCACACAAUCGGCGUGGAGUUUGGAUCUCGGGUGGUCAACGUGGGUGGAAAAACUGUGAAGCUCCAGAUUUGGGACACAGCCGGCCAGGAGCGGUUUCGGUCGGUGACGCGGAGUUACUACCGAGGGGCCGCUGGAGCCUUGCUGGUGUACGACAUCACCAGCCGGGAGACGUACAACUCGCUGGCUGCUUGGCUGACGGACGCCCGCACGCUGGCCAGCCCCAACAUCGUGGUCAUCCUCUGUGGCAACAAGAAAGACCUGGACCCGGAGCGUGAGGUCACUUUCCUGGAGGCCUCUCGCUUUGCCCAGGAGAACGAGCUCAUGUUCCUGGAGACUAGUGCCCUCACGGGUGAGAACGUGGAAGAGGCUUUCCUGAAGUGUGCCCGUACCAUCCUGAACAAGAUCGACUCAGGUGAGCUUGACCCCGAGAGGAUGGGCUCGGGCAUUCAGUACGGGGAUGCCUCCCUCCGCCAGCUGCGGCAGCCUCGGAGCGCCCAGGCCGUCACCCCUCAGCCAUGUGGCUGCUGAGACGUGCACGGAGCCAGCUCAUCCGUUCUCCAGGACCAGCCCUGCCCUUCGGGCCGGGGCCCAGACCCAGGCCCUGGGAGGCCGAGCCCCUCACCUGUCCUGGCCCCAGAGAAGCUGCCCCGCCACCUGUCCCCCUUCCCUGGCCUGGUGGGGCCUGGCUGAGGGGCAAGACUGAGCCACGGGGGAAGGGGGAAUCCGUACCUGCUGCUGCUUCCUCUGUCUUGGCUAAUCCCCGUCCCCCCAGAACCCCUAACCAUACUCGAAGAGUUCCCAAAGCCUGAGACCCGGGCAUUUGGCCCCAGCUCCCCGCCAUUGCGAGUACGUGUUAUUUAUUGCCUGGAGGCCUGUCCAGUCCCCACCACCCCAUAAAGCAUUGUUUACACCUGU